AUGUCAGCUUCCGUACCCGACGCGCUCAAGCCUUCUCCCGGCACCGAUUGGUCUUUGCGAUUUCGGGAUACCAUCUCUCAGCCAGUGGUCGCCGCCUUCUGCGGUGGAGGUGUGGCUGGCGCCGUCUCCCGAACAGUGGUAUCGCCGCUGGAAAGACUCAAGAUUCUGAUGCAAAUCCAGAGUGCUGGUCGAGAUGCCUACAAGCUGUCCGUCGGCCAAGCACUUGGGAAGAUGUGGAGGGAAGAAGGCUGGAGGGGCUUCAUGCGAGGAAACGGAACAAACUGCAUCCGCAUUGUUCCCUAUUCUGCUGUCCAGUUCAGCAGUUACAACUUUUACAAGAGGAAUCUCUUCGAGGCAUAUCUAGGACCUGAUCUGACACCGUUUGCCCGCCUCGUCUGUGGCGGCAUUGCGGGGAUAACGUCCGUCGUCUUCACCUAUCCGCUCGACAUUGUCCGAACGCGCUUAUCCAUCCAGUCAGCGAGCUUUGCAGAGCUAGGAGCGAGGCCAGACAAGCUGCCAGGAAUGUGGUCGACCAUUGUUUCAAUGUACAAGACGGAAGGUGGCAUGUCGGCGUUGUAUCGCGGCAUCAUUCCAACUGUAGCCGGCGUGGCUCCCUAUGUUGGUCUCAACUUUAUGGUAUAUGAAUCAAUCCGCAAGGCAUUCACGCCUGAAGGCGAACAAAACCCUAGUGCUCUUCGCAAGCUUUUGGCGGGCGCCAUUUCCGGUGCAGUUGCUCAGACGUGCACCUAUCCAUUCGACGUGCUACGACGGCGUUUCCAGAUCAACACCAUGUCGGGCAUGGGAUACCAGUACAAGUCCAUAUCGGACGCCGUUCGCGUCAUUGUCCUUCAAGAAGGCGUCAAAGGGCUAUACAAGGGCAUCGUUCCCAACCUCCUCAAAGUGGCUCCCAGCAUGGCUUCAAGUUGGCUGAGCUUCGAGGUUACGCGUGAUUUCCUGACAGAUCUAAAACCGGCUGAGGAGAGUCGAAGUUUAUAA